UAUAUAUUUAAAAUAUUCAUAAUAAAAAUUGGAAAUGUACAGUCAGGACCAGGGGCUGGAUAUUCUAUAGCUACAUUGUCGAUGUUGAAUCAUCUCAGCAACACUGAUUUGGGAGAAAUAUUGAACGAUGAUGGAAGAUUCGAGGAAGUUGUCAAUGACCUAAAACAGUUUAAAGAAUUGGAAUCUGAAAAGAAAGUUCUGAUCGCUGGAAAUCGUUCUCUGGCCGAAGUCAAUCUAGCAAAGCAACCCCAACUCGAGGAGAAUAAAAAAGCAUUACAUGAACUGUCUGAGAAAGGCUGUGAGCUGCUGCGGAAAUUGAAGGAGAAUCGGAAAAAAUAGCUGAGAAAUUCUUAUCGGGAGAUACAGAAGUCGAUGAAUUCCUGGAACAAUUCUUGACCCGAAGAAAGAUAAUGCAUUUACGAAAGGUGA